AUGUCCCAGCAUCUCCGUCAAUCAGCAUCGACGACGUGGUGCUUGACGUCACAGAUCCCUUCACGUGUUUGGGAUCUAUCAUCACCACAUUCUUUUUCUUUCUUUCUUUCUUUCUUUCUUUCUUUAGCCUGUCUUUCUUUCUUAGUCUGUUCAUAUCUAUCUAUCUAUCUAUCUAUCUAUCUAUCUAUCCUUCUUCUUUUCUUUUUCUUUCUUUCUUUCUUUCUUUCUUUUCUUUCUUUCUUUCUUUCUUUUUUAGCCUGUCUUUCUUUCUUUCUUAGUCUGUUCAUAUCUAUCUAUCUAUCUAUCUAUCUAUCUAUCUAUCUAUCUAUCCUUCACUUCUUUCUUUCUUUCUUUCUUAGUCUGUUCAUAUCUAUCUAUCUAUCUAUCUAUCUAUCUAUCUAUCUAUCUAUCUAUCUAUGUCUUUCUUUUUCCUUUUCUUCCUUUCUUUCUUUCUUUCUUUCUUUCUUUCUACCCCCCAGUCUGUUAAUUUCUUUCUAUCUAUCUAUCUAUCUAUCUAUCUAUCUAUCUAUCUAUGUCAUAGCCACCACUUCUUUCUUUCUUUCUUUCUUUCUUUCUUUCUUUCUUUCUUUCUUUCCACCUCUCUCAGUCUGUUCAUAUCUAUCUAUCUAUCUAUCUAUCUAUCUAUCUAUCUAUCUAUCUGUUCUUUAUUUAUUUCUUAUAACCAGCAAUGAAAACCAUAUUAUCUAUCUAUCUAUCUAUCUAUCUAUCUAUCUAUCUAUCUAUCUAUCUAUCUAUCUAUCUAUUCUGUUCAUUAUCUAUCUAUCUAUCUAUCUUUCUAUCUAUCUAUGUCAUAGCCACCACUUCUUUCUUUCUUUCUUUCUUUCUUUCUUUCUUUCUUUCUUUCUUUCUUUCUUUCUUUCCACCUCUCUCACAAUGAAAACCAUAUUAUCUAUCUAUCUAUCUAUCUAUCUAUCUAUCUAUCUAUCUAUCUAUGUCCUCUACUUGUUUGUUUGUUUGUUUAUUUAUUUUUUUCUUUCUCAGUCUGUUCAUUAUCUAUCUAUCUAUCUAUCUAUCUAUCUAUCUAUCUAUCUAUCUAUCUAUCUAUCUAUCUGUUCUUUAUUUAUUUCUUAUAGCCAGCAAUGA